CGCCGUUCUCCUACGUCACCACCUACACGCACACAUUCCGGAACAAGACAGAAAAAACCCUUUGUGACGACUCCGCUCUGUACCUCCAUGUGUGUUUGAGUGUGUGUGUGUGCUCCUGUCACAAGGGGAACAUCGUGGAAAACAUCGUAGUCUUCCUCAUCUGAACACAGACCGCGUACAGCUGACCGACAGGGAGCGACCCGGACAUGGCGACAUCCAGCUCCUGCGUGGUGAUCAGUGAUGAGGAGCAGGGGUAUGACCUGGACCUUUUCUGCAUACCAAAGCACUAUGCCUCUGACCUGGAGAGGGUCUACAUCCCACAUGGACUCAUCUUGGACAGGACAGAGAGACUGGCCAAAGAGAUCAUGAAAGAAAUGGGGGGCCAUCACAUUGUGGCCCUCUGUGUGCUCAAAGGGGGCUACAAGUUCUUUGCAGACCUGCUGGACUAUAUCAAGGCCCUGAACAGGAACAGUGACCGCUCCAUCCCAAUGACAGUGGACUUCAUUCGCCUCAAGAGCUACUGUAACGACCAGUCAACAGGUGAAAUCAAAGUUAUCGGUGGAGAUGACUUGUGUACACUGACGGGCAAGAAUGUCCUGAUUGUGGAGGACAUUAUCGACACAGGGAAGACGAUGAAGACCUUGUUGGAGCUCCUCAAGCAGUACAAUCCCAAAAUGGUUAAAGUAGCCAGUUUGUUGGUGAAGAGAACUCCAAGAAGUGUUGGCUACCGACCAGACUUUGUUGGAUUCGAGGUCCCUGACAAAUUUGUGGUGGGAUACGCGUUGGACUACAACGAGUACUUUAGAGAUCUAAAUCAUAUCUGCGUCAUUAGUGAAACAGGGAAGGAGAAGUACAAGGCAUGAAGAGCAUUUCAAAACAAAUUAAAUGUAUGGUUAUAUCAUUUUCUUUUGCGGUCCAUUUUAUAUGUUAUUACUUCACAUUUGUGUCA